UACGUCACAGAGUGAAUUUUCACAUUUAAAUAAAGCGUAAAUAAUAAAAAUCUAUAUUUCAUUCUUCACUGAUUUGCAAAUGACGAGCACAAGUGAUUGUCGUGAAUAAAGAGUGCAUGUUGUGUUGUGGUAGAGAACUUGGCGCCAUCCCAUUAUCAGAAUGAAAUAAUCAGUAACAGUAAUCAUAACCAGUAAAUCACCUACAUACUAUUUCUCAGGAACUAUUACUUCCUUUUGCAGAAUAGUUCUCGACUCAUUGACUGUCACAGCCAAGAGGCUGCACUAAAGUUUGGAUCCCAUAGUUCAGGAACAUGCAAGCUUUCCUUAAAACUGGGAAACUUGGGAAAGAUGCCCCUUCCUCAUCAUCAGCAGAACCUGGAACAUCUCAGCCUGUAGUGCCUAAACUUACCCCUUGGGUGGAAAAAUAUCGACCACGGACAGUUGAGGAGGUAGUUGAGCAAUCCGAGAUCAUCAGUGUCCUGAAGCAAGUUCUCUCAGGAGGUGACCUCCCGCAUUUUCUGUUCUAUGGUCCACCAGGCACAGGUAAAACAACCACUAUUCUUGCAGCUGCGAGACAGUUAUUCGGAGAUAUUUACAGGGACAGAAUUUUGGAACUCAACGCCUCAGAUGAUCGAGGAAUUCAAGUCAUUCGUGAUAAAGUUAAAACGUUUUCUCAGCUAACUGCAGCAGCCAAUAAACCUGAUGGAACACCAUGUCCGCCGUACAAAAUUGUCAUCUUAGAUGAAGCUGAUUCCAUGACUCAUGCAGCCCAAUCUGCCCUUAGGCGCAUUAUGGAGAAAGAAACCCGCACCACCAGAUUUUGUUUGAUUUGUAAUUAUAUCUCUUGUAUUAUUCCUCCAAUUGCUUCUCGAUGUGCGAAAUUUAGGUUUAAACCAAUUAAAAGUGAAAAAAUAGAAGAGAGGCUUGAGGAAAUUGCCAAAAACGAAAAUGUAUCAUGUGGUAAGGACACUAUCAAAGUACUUGUUGAAACAUGUGGAGGUGAUUUGAGGCGUGCCAUCACAUGCCUCCAGUCUUGCUCGAGGUUGAAAGGAAGUGAGUCUGUUGUGAUGGAAGAUGUUCUAGAAGUCACAGGAAUCGUUCCCCCUCAAUGGGUAGAGAAGUUCAUCACUGUCUGUAAAAAUUGUGAUCAUAAGGAAUUAGAAAUUUUUGUGGAUGAUUUGAUUCAGGAAGCGUACUCAGCGUUCCAGGUUUUAGAACAACUGCAUGAGAAAAUAAUUGAGAGCGAUUUUACGGAUGACCAAAAAGCCAUCAUCUGUGAGAAAAUAGCUAUUGCCAGUGGGCGACUGCAAGAUGGGGCUAGUGAAUAUCUACAGCUGAUGGAUCUAGGUUGUUGUAUGAUAAACGUUUUAUCAAAGAAAUGAUUUUGUCUUUUCCUUUUCAUUUUAAGCUUUCAUAGUUUUUUCAAGUUCGCAUUUCUGAGCCUUGUACCUGGUAUGCUCAAAACCUUCAGAAGCCAUGGAUGUUUUUUCAUCUCUUUAUCACUGAUAAUGCUUCACCUGCAUGAAAACCAAGUAUCAGAGGAAUGCAGUGUAGUAACAGUCAUGAAAUCUUUUAUUUAAUAAUUGAUGUCCCUUUUUUAACCAAAGGAGAGGCAAAAAAAAAAUUAAACUUUCUCUUUAAUUCCUUGUUUUGAUCUGCAUUUACAAAGCUGCAUUUACUUAAUCUCAUACCAUCAUGCAAUAUCAAUUUUUCUGUAAUUCAAAUUGUCCACAAGAAUAAGUUCACCUACUGUUUUACGAGAUUUUGUUAAGUUGUGUAAAGAAACUUUUAACAGAAUAGGAUCCUCUCUUUGAAUGUACACUCUUAUAUUGUUUUUAAGUCACUUAUCAGUAGAUUUAGUCAAUUUAAGUCUGCAAUGAUAGUAUUUUAUUGUUCAUCUUGGCCGGCUCAUAACAAUGUGGAAAUGUUAAUAUCAAUUGAAGAUAUCAUCUAUUACUUUAAUUUGCUGUAAAAUGAAAGAUUAUACUGUUAUGAAAAAAUUGUUGAAUCAAUUUAAAAAAGGGGAUCAAUUUGUCUGUCAAUACUGGUCCAUGUCGCAUUCCAAUUUCCUUUCAUUUAAACACUUGAUUUUAAAAUGUAUGUAUUCAAAACUUUUUAUCAAAUAAAUUUUGGAAAUUUCAA